AAUGGCGGGUUCCGGAUGUACCCGAGAAUGUACGCUGGAAGACGAGUGGAAGCAGUGCAACACUGUGGUGGGAUCCGCCCUCUACGGCUAACGAAAUCCUCGUGCGUGGUUAUACGAUAUCGUACGGAAUCGGGACACCCAGCCGACGUGUUAUCAUUGAAGGGGCUAACACUAACGCAUUCACUAUCAAUGCACUUAGUUAGCUUUUGAUA